AUGCACAGGCGCCAAGGUCACCUGAACAAGCAGUUGCUUGUGUGGACCCAGGCUCUGGUUUCUGGUGGGCCUGAGCAAUUCUUGCUCAGGGAACUCAUUCUUACCUUGCAAUUUGGACAAAGAGUUCUGCUGGAUAUCACUGGUGUUCAAGAGAUCCAGGAUCCCAAAGGGCAUAUGGCAGUUCUAGUUUUUUCCAUCCAUGCUCAAAAGCUGUUUGGUUUUGGAGAUUUGGCACUGUGCUUUGAUGAUAGUGUUGUACCAACAUACAAUAAUUUUCAUCGUGCGCCUGUGCGUGAGUCCGGCCCCCGCCGCUUGCGAGCCACCUGCGAGCUCACACCGGUUUCUCUCUCCAACCUCUGCUCGCGGGCCCCCAUCGCAGUCAUACUGGGCGCCGCUCUCCGCCGCUGCACUGUGGCCUCAACCGCCCGGGCCGGCCCUCGAGGCCUCCCGCACUCCGCCCCGACCCCCGGCCCCGCCGCGGCUAUCCAGUCAGUUCGCUGCUAUUCCCAUGGGUCAAGUGAGACAGAUGAGGAGUUUGAUGCUCGCUGGGUAACAUACUUCAACAAGCCAGAUAUAGAUGCCUGGGAAUUGCGUAAAGGGAUAAACACACUUGUUACCUAUGAUCUGGUUCCAGAGCCCAAGAUCAUUGAUGCUGCUUUGCGGGCAUGCAGACGGUUAAAUGAUUUUGCUAGUACAGUUCGCAUCCUAGAGGCUGUUAAGGACAAAGCAGGACCUCAUAAGGAAAUCUACCCAUAUGUCAUCCAGGAACUUAGACCAACUUUAAAUGAACUGGGAAUCUUCACUCCAGAGGAACUGGGCCUUGACAAAGUGUAAACCCGAUGGAUGGGCUUCCCAAGGAUUUAUUGAUAUUGCUACUUGAGUACUUGAGUGUAAACAGUCACCUGGAAAUACUGAAGAUAACAUAUUACCUUAUUUGAACAAGUUUUCCUUUAUUGAGUAUGAAGCCAUGUAAUGGUAACCUGUACUUUAAUAAAAGGGAAAUGAGUUCGAACUUAAA